AUGAGGGUGAUGAAGAAACAGUUCAAGAAUGGCUUGUUGAGCGCCAUGAAGAGCAAGCUGAUGAUAUUAAUCUGGUGCAAACUUCCCAAGCUCCACGGAAACGAGAUCUUUAUGAUGAUGAUUUUGAAUCCGAAGCAGAGGAUGGUGGAGACAUGGAGUUUGAACCAGAACACUUUCCUGAAGAUCCUGUGUUUCGUGACCCAUCACUUGCUUAGCAACUGUGGCUUAUUAACUAUUUCGAUGUACUAA